UAGCUCGGCGCGUCUGCCAGUCGGGAGCCAGACGUCGACGGGGAAGGAUCGGGGGCUGCUUGGGACUCACUCGUAGCGCUCACCUCGCCCGUCCGGCCUCGGCCCGCACGCACACCGGCGCAGCCCAGCUGAUUUGACUUAAGCAGACAUGAGUGGCUGCCGUGUAUUCAUUGGGAGGCUGAACCCUGCUGCCAGGGAGAAAGAUGUGGAGAGAUUUUUCAAGGGCUAUGGCCGCAUCCGAGACAUUGAUCUGAAAAGGGGCUUUGGAUUUGUGGAGUUUGAAGAUCCAAGGGAUGCAGAUGAUGCAGUCUAUGAACUGGAUGGAAAGGAGCUCUGUAGCGAGAGGGUUACAAUUGAACAUGCACGGGCCCGUUCCAGAGGUAGAGGCAGAGGGCGAUACUCUGACCGUUUUAGUAGCCGCCGUCCACGUAGUGACAGGAGAAAUGCUCCCCCUGUUCGAACAGAAAAUCGUCUCAUAGUAGAAAAUCUAUCUUCCCGAGUCAGCUGGCAGGAUCUCAAAGACUUCAUGAGACAAGCUGGGGAAGUAACCUUUGCAGAUGCACAUAGACCUAAGCUAAAUGAAGGGGUGGUUGAGUUUGCCUCUUACAGUGAUUUAAAAAAUGCUAUUGAAAAGCUCUCUGGCAAAGAAAUCAAUGGAAGAAAAAUUAAACUAAUUGAAGGCAGCAAAAGACACAGUAGGUCCAGAAGCCGGUCUCGUUCCCGUAGCAGAAGUUCAUCUAGAUCUCGUAGCCGGUCUCGCUCCCGAAGCCGCAAAUCCUACACCAGGUCAAGGAGUAGGAGCCGUAGCAAGUCUCGUUCAGUUAGUAGAUCUCCUAUGCCAGAAAAGAGCCAGAAACGUAGCUCUUCAAGUAGAUCUAAAUCUCCAGCAUCUGACCGGCAGAGGUCUCGGUCAAGGUCCAGAUCUGUUGACAGUGGCAAUUGAACUAUAACUUGCUAGGGGGGCCCUUUUUUUAAACCAUACUUGCUAAAACUUGUGGUAAGUAUGUGAUUUUUCUGUGGGGAGGGGUUUGGAUUGGGUGGGUGGGGCUGGACAACUUUGUAGAUGUGGACCACAAUGGAGGGGUUACUGAACUAAUUGUAUUAAAUGUCUUUUGAUAAUCCCUUUUGCUCACAUUUUUGUGAAUGUCUGAAGUGUAUAGUUUUGUGUAUAUUGACAGAGCUCUUUAUAACUAAAGCAAACAAUUUAAUUUUUUUGUACCUUCAAAAAAAAAAAAAUUGGAACACUUCAAUUCCCAGUGUAUUGAACUGUGAAUAGUAAUUCAGGAUAGUUAGUUUUAAUGGAUCAAAUUUAAACUGAUGGCAUUGGACAGCUAAGAGCUCUCCCCCUGCUGUAUAUAAAGCUUUAUUUUAGAUUUUUUUUUUUGUGUGCUUCUGACAACUUUCGGUUAUGGGUCAGCAAAACAAAAGCUGGUUAACGUUACCAAUAAACAUUAUUUUUUGAAGACUUACUCUGUUCCUUUAAAACACUUUGCACUAUAAAAACAGAACAUACACCCCGAAUGAAGAAGUGACACGAUGUCAAGUGCUUAACACUCCUGCUCGUAGUGGUUCUAUAAAUAUCUGCUCUUCCUGUUCAAGAAAUAAAAAGCAGUCUAAAGGCACCA